AUGGCAAAUUACAGCCGAAUCCAGAUACUCAAUAUUGAGGUUGACCGUGAGGAUGUGAGCGACUACCGUAUGUUGGUUGACGGCAAGUCCUUCAAAUACAUCACCAUUGACCCAGGGGUCUACAACCCCGACGAAAUGACAUUUGACAAAGCGAUCAUUCCGCAGAUGCCUCCUAUCCCCGAAGGAGACUGGAAUCGAGGACACAUCACCAAACACCCAGAGAAUGGCGGACCUUAUUUCUCCCAGCAUACAAAGGUUACACUUCCGACGGUCUCUAGCAUAUGGCAUCCUAGACAGAUAGACUGGCUUGAACUAGAGCUAGCGGAGUGGCUCAGAUCCAAUGUCCGCACCGCUCAAUUCAAGGAAGGUGCGCGACAAACAGUCAUGGCUGACGAGGUUUUGAUCAAAUUCGCAAGGUUUCCGUGGGAAAUGCAGUACUACGAGGACGAGACGCGGGCCUAUGAACGCAUAGAUGGCCAGGCCAUAGGGCCGCAAUUUCUAGGACACUUGACGGAAGAGGGACGAGUUAUUGGGCUCGUGAUCGAGUACAUUGAGGAUUCGCGUCACGCUGGUCCGGAUGAUGUGGAGGUCUGCCAAAACGCAUUGAGGAAGCUGCAUCGGUUGGGCAUUUUACAUGGUGAUGUGAACCGGCACAAUUUUCUGGUUCGUGAAGCUGAUGGAGUCAAAACGAUUACGAUCGUCGACUUCGAAUGUGUGUCAGAUUGUACAGAUGACAGGUUGUUCGAAGAGGAGAUUGAUCGGCUUCGAGAGAUGCUUCACUCGACUGACAAAGCCGGCGGUUACUACAUCAGAUCUGUUGGAGAGGAAGAAGCAUUAGAAGAACUGGGAACGUCGUAG